GAUGGCCUUAAUGUAGUAAAACACUUCUUAAUUUAUUAUGGAUAUUUGACACGGAGCAAUUUCAGGAAGUUUUUUCCAGUUACAUCCUAUUGAGAUCGUUCAGUGCUUACAUCACACUGAAAUUAAAAGUGAAACUGAAUGCAUUUAUUUCAUUUGCAAUUGAUCUUGAAAACUACGCAGGAGAUAGCAACUUCCAAAUCUUCUGCCGCAGACCGUACAAUGGGGAAAAUCUUUCAAGUGUUUGUCGUAGGGUUGAAAGGGGAAAAAAUGACUGUUGAUGUUUCACACACUGAGGCAGAAUUUAAUGCGAUGCCCAUUCUCAAGUUUAAGGAAUUGUUAUUGAAGAAAGUGCCGGGAGAAGCAGCCAUCGCAGGUGAUCUGCGCCUUCUUUUUGCCAACAAACAAUUGGAAGAUAACAAAAAAUUCUCUGAAUACAGCAUCACGGACAAAUCAACAAUCCUCUUGGUGUUACGUCUGCCUGGUGGAGGGGACUAGAGAGAAGGGCUCAUCACUCCGCGAAAACAAAAUCUUCCAAUGGCCUGAUGGAUCCGUCUGAUUGAAUUCUGAUAACGGGAAAUUACUCUGUUAUUGGAGGAAGGCAGACAUAACCGAGAUGUUAACACCACUAUGUAUUUCUUGUAUUUUAAUAUUUAGCACGUAGAAGAGCGUAUUUGUUUGGUCUGCCGUCUUACGUGAUCUGUUAUAUUCUAUAAUUGCUAUAAAAUUUGUUUUAGCUUUACAAUGAUUAGUAGUGAAACCAAUUGUACAUUUUUUUUUAGUUUUAGCUAAUUAAAGUACAUAUUGCAUUAUAUUUAA